CUCAGGAUGAGAGCAAGGCAGCUGGUCUGUGGAAUUUGGAGUCUGUGCUUCCUGUUCUGUCUUUUCUGCAUCUUUCUUCACCAAACAACAGCUAAGAGAAAACUGAAGUUUGUGUCCCUAGUAUUUCGCCAUGGUGAUCAUACCCCACAGGAGUUUUUCCCAACUGAUAAGCACAAAGAAAUUGCAAGACAACAGGGAUAUGGCCAACUUACCAAGCUUGGCAUACAACAACAGUAUGAGCUUGGCCAGUACAUGCGGAGGAGAUACUCUCAUUUCCUGAGCGUUGUAUACAAGCAAUGUGAGAUUUUUGUUCAAAGCACUGACUGUGAUCACACACUUAUGAGUGCUCAGGCAAGUCUUGCUGGACUGUACCCACCAACACAGGAUCAGAUUUGGAACCCCAGAAUCCUUUGGCAGCCAAUUCCAGUUCACACAAUGCCACUGUCACAGGAUAAUUUGCUAUACCUGCCUUUCUCACACUGCCCAAAAUACAAGGAGCUUCUGAGAGAAACCUUUGCAACUAGAGAUUUCCAAAGGCAAUUCAAGCACUACAAGCAAUUUCUGAAGUUUCUAGCCACUCAUACGGGAUAUCCAUUGAAGAAGUUGACUAGUGAAAGGAUUUGGAAGCUCUCUGACACUUUACAGUAUGAGGAUAUUAACAAUUACACUUUACCUGUUUGGGCUACUCAUGGUGUCAGGACCAAGCUGAUAAAGCUGUCAGAAUUGUUAUUGCAGGCGGAAUUUGGGUUCCACAAACAAAUACAAAAAUCACGUUUGCAGGGAGGAAUUCUUUUAAAAACUCUUCUAAAGCAUAUAUUAGAUGCUAGAAAGCCUUCAUACCAUCAAAAAAUGGUUAUGUAUUCCACGCAUGCAGCCACCAUUGCUGCCUUACAGAUGGCACUCAAUGUCUUCAAUGGGAAAUUGCCUCCUCACAGUGCCUGCCACUUUUUUGAACUUUACCAGGAGAAAAAUGGGCAAUACACCAUAGAAAUGUACUACCGGAAUAAUUCCUUGAGGGAGCCUCACCCCCUCACCCUCCCUGGCUGCAAAUUUCGCUGUCCCCUGGAGAGAUUUACUCAUCUGGUCUCUCCCAUCCUCAUACACUAUUGGACAAGAGAAUGUAGAAUUUAG